AGGAAGGAAGGAAAUCAACUUUAUUCGAGGUCCUGCUGGCCACGAGAGCUUUGGGCUCUCAUGGAGUGGGCGUCUCCCACGACGGAACCGGGAGGUUGAGUUUCCUGGCGGCGUCGUGGACCUGCUGGACGGCCCAGAGUUGGGGAGCGAGUUCUUCGCUCCGGAUUGCUUCUUCAAACUUGCGCUUGUCCUGUUCGUAGUUUACGUGAGCUUGCGAGAACGGCCAGAGUAAAUGAUAUACGGAGGGGGCGUGCUGGGACUUGCGUCGCUGCGAUAACCACCAGCUGCACGUGUCGUCUGCUUCGGGUGCUGUUCAAAGGCUGCUAACGAGAAAACUAUGCAUUGACCAGGCUUGUGGCUUUUCCGGCAUUGCUUUCGGGGUAGGUACUACUCAUUUAGAGCAAAUUUAAGACAAGGACACACAACUAUGGGCCGUCCAGCAGGCCCGGGGUGCGCUCGAAAAGCACAAGCCUCAUGACCCACUACAAACGCGCCCAACUGGGGUAGUGAAGAGUAGGGUACAACCCCGGGUCGACGCUUGGCCAGCGUCACGACGCGUUAAACUGUCGGUUGCCGGCACUAUAUUAAUGUUACUCCUAUCCUAUCCUAGCCAAAUAAAAAGUUCGUUGCAGUUGGCCUUUAGCAGAAUUCACAAAACGGACUACAUUCCGCGGACCAGCAUUACGUGGCUUAGUACCACCCAAUCACGUCGCCCGCAAGGACGAAGCAGAUAAGCUGCUGGCGGCGCAAUUCGUCGUCAUGGCUACGUCAUGCUCGUCCGCGGUCGGUCGUGUAAAUGCAGCUUUAACGCUAUCACCGAGCCGCACUGUACAAUAGCAUAACAUGAUAUGCCCACAUGAAGUCACAGCCAAACAGUGCCCGGGCACACCCUACCGCGCGCUAUCUUGCCGUACCUCGGUAUACUGUACUACAUUCUACUACACAUGGCCUCCGAGACAGCGCGCGCCUUCCGAUCUCGGAUUCUAUGUACUACACACCGUGCCGUGCGGUAACGACCUUUGAGUGGUUGGGUCGUUACCGUACGAUAUGGUUGUCGGGUCACCAGCAUAGAAUCGUAGGAUCACCAACGUAUACAUGCGAACCAAUAGGGACACCAUAGAAGAAGAUUAGGCCGAUUUUCGCAACGAACCUCGAACAUUAAUUGUCACAUGACUGCAUGUUUUAGAGCACGAAAGCAGGCGUUCUUAGCUUCCUUCACACAACUCCGUAAUAUUUGUUUUUUUUUUUUACACAUUUUCUUUUUUACUCGUAACGCAGUUGAUUGCGUCCUCAAGAGAAGCAAAGCCAUCUACGACCGGGUCUGCAGAGAAGCGUGCAGGAAUCCUUGCGAGGAAACGACCUACGACAUCACUUUGGGCUACCAGGGCAGGGAGAGCGGAGUUCCAUUCAACGGGUACUACUACUUGAACAUGAAGCUCACCAUCCCAGUCCGCUACGUGGCCAUACUGAAGACCAUCCCAAUGCACACGUCGACAACCGUGUUGGCGGUGAUCGGUGGCUACCUGGGUUUCUGGCUGGGCUUGUCCAUGUACAGCGGCGUCACCAAGAUACUCCUCUACGUCCAGGCCGUCAUUUCGAAACGGAUGAAGGACCGCCUCACCAGGGCCAGUACGUUCAAGACUUUUUAG